AUGGCUAAAUUGGGAAAGCUCAACGAGUUCGAUAUUACUCAUCCGGAACAGUGGAGCUCAUACGUCUCCCGAGUAGGCAACUAUCUCCGGGCUAACCAGAUCACAGACGAUGGCCUGAAGGCGGCAACCUUACUAUGUGUCUGCGGACAAGCCAUGUUUGAUAUCGCUGAAAACCUGAUAGCACCAGCAAGUAUAGAGACUGUAGCCUACGCAGACCUCAAGAAAAAAUUAAGGGAACAUUUUGAGCCGAAACUCUCAGUAAUCGCCUGGCGCCAUGCAUUCGAGCAACAUGAGCAGAGAUCCGGGGAAUCUGCAGCAGAGUUUGUGGCAGCCCUUUGCCAAGAUUCGCACCAAUGUGAGUUCCCUGACCUGGAAGACCGUCUCAGAGACAGGCUUGUUUGCGGCCUGCAUAAUAGAAAAUUACAGCAGCACCUAUUCACCAUGGAGAAACUGACUUUCCAAGACGCAUUGAAAGAUGUCAUGGCGGAAGAGGCUGCCGGAUGGGGUCCCCUCAGCAUAGUGGUCAUAGAGGGACCGCACACCAACCUCAUAGGACUGGACUGGUUUGAGGCCCUGGGCAUCAGGGUGACGGGCAUCCAUCGAACACAAAUAGCUGACCUAGCAGCAGUAUGCCAACAAUAUGCUGACGUAUUCAGCACAGAGUUGGGACAAUACAAAGGGGCACCCAUUUCACUCAACCUCGAUCCAGCACUAACUCCAAUCCGAUUAAAACCGCACAGGGUUCCUUUUGCAUUGAAGCCUAAAAUUGAUGCGGAACUAGACAAGCUGGUACAGCAGGGAGUGCUCCAACCGGUGGACUGUAGCCAGUGGGAGACUCCAAUAGUGACCCCAGUUAAGCCUAACGGGGACGUCCGCAUCUGCUCAGACUACAAGGCACUACAGCAGCAUGCUUACCCUGUACCAGUAGUAAGCCACAUCAUCGCUUCGCUCCAGGGAGGCCGAAUCUUCGCUAAGUUAGACCUCGCCCAGGCUUACCAGCAGCUACCAGUAGAUGAUGCUACUGCAGAAGCACAAACAAUUGUCACACAGAGAGGUGCAUUCCGAGUGCGCCACUUGCAGUUUGGGGUAAGCGUAGCACCAGGGUUGUUCCAAAGUAUUAUGGAACGAACACUGAAGAACAUUCCCGGCAUCUGCCUAUAUUUUGAUGACGUCCUGAUCGCGCGGGAAUCAGCAGCAGUCCUGGCGGAACAUCUCCGUGCAGUACUCCAACGUUUCCACAAGGCAGGCCUAAAACUCAAGAAGGAAAAGUGCCAGAUCGGCGUGGAAUCCACAGAGUUCUUGGGUUUCCGCAUCGAUGCUGCUGGAAUCCACCCAUCUGACGCAAAGCAAAAGGCAAUUCAGCAAGCCCCCACACCAAAUGCCUACUGGACAAAAAAAAUGUCCUGGGUCUGGUCGCGCACCCAAGACAAAGCGUUCAAGGUGGUAAAAUCAUUGUUACCCUCAGACUCCGUCCUAGCUCAUUUCAACGAAAACCUACCAGUAACACUAGCCUGUGAUGCUUCGCCAUACGGCAUUGGGGCAGUACUAAGCCACAGGAUGCCAGAUGGUAGAGAGGCCCCCAUCACAUACUAUUCUAGAAUGUUAUCAUCGGCUGAAAGAAACUAUGCCCAGAUAGACAAGGAAGCCCUUGCCAUAGUGGCUGGCAUUAAGAAGUUCCACGACUUCUUAUAUGGAUGAACCUUCACCAUCUUUACAGACCACAAACCUCUGCUUGGUCUCUUCACAGCAGACAAACAGACACCGCAGAUCCUAUCGCCGCGAAUGCUACGCUGGUUCAUUUUCAUGGCUGCAUACUCGUACCGGCUAGUCCACAAGCCGGGUAAGGAAAUGGGCCACGCCGAUGCUCUCAAGACCUGGCCAGGCCCUGAGUUCCAUCACUACGCUUCACGGAAAAAUGAACUGUCGGCCCACAAGGGAUGUGUGCUGUGGGGCAGCAGGGGCAUCAUUCCACCCAGUCUUCGCUCCAGGGUGCUGGAUUCCUUACACGAGGGGCACCCAGGAAUUGUUCGAAUGAAGGCUCUAGCCAGGAGCUACUUGUGGUGGCCAGGCCUGGACAAGGACAUUGAGAAUCAAGUAAGGAGUUGCCAGGCCUGCCAAGAAACCUGACCGGAGAUGCCACAAGCACCAGUGCACCGCUGGGAGACCACGCACGCCCCAUGGUCUACCGUGCACAUUGACUUUGCAGGCCCCUUCCAAGGGCAAGUGUCCCUAAUUGUAGUAGACAGUUAUUCCAAGUGGUUGGAAGUGGCACCGGUCUCAUCGAUGACAACAACCAGGGUCAUCCAAGAGUUGCGCCGGCUGUUCGCCACACAUGGUCUGCCAGAUGUAAUCGUGUCCGACAACGGGGCACAAUUCAUGGCAGGAGAGUUUCAAUCUUUCCUCAACGCCAACAUGAUUCGGCACGUAACAUCCGCUCCAUUCCACCCCGCGACCAAUGGUCAGGCCGAACGAAUGGUGAGGACCACAAAGGAGGCGCUCAAGCGGAUGACGACUGGGGACUGGAAUCACCACCUGGCGAACUUCCUCCUGUGUCAACACAUAACUCCCAGUACAGCAACAGGUCGCAGCCCAGCGGAGCUGAGGUGGGGCCGCCGGCUCACCAUGAAGCUCGACCGACUUCAUCCAGACAGAGUUAUUCUGGAAAAUGAUCGUAUGGUCAUACGCCACAUUGAUCAGUUACGGCAUCAGCAGGCUGGGCCAGUCCCGACGGAUCCCCGUGGCCUCUUUCGAGAGAUUCCCCCACGGCGCAUGCCCGGCCCUUUCCCCACCUACUGCGCGGUCCUCUUGACUGUCCUCCCGCUGCCGCUGCUGCUGGUGGUGCUGAACGAGGCCGAAGAGGUGGUGGCGAGCGGGCAGCCAUGCCCCUUCGCCGUCCUGCCACCACCGCCGCUGCGUCGCACUGAGUGA